GGCAACUAACCUCGGGACUUAUCGCCGUAGCAACUUCAAAGUUAAACUAUGGAUGUACUUUAGUACUUGGAACAAACGAACAACUUGAGCCGUGAUUACCAUCUUGAUGUUCAUCUUUUGAAUUAGAACAUUUCUUAUCAUAUUUAUUUAUACCUUCUAGACUGCGUUUGGCAGAAUGGGUCAUCUGGUAACCGUUGCGACUUGCUCGCUGAACCAGUGGGCCCUUGACUGGGAGGGAAACACUCAGCGUAUUAUCGAGAGUAUCCAAAAAGCCAAGGAAGCUGGUGCACGAUUACGGGUUGGGCCAGAGCUGGAAAUAUGCGGUUAUGGGUGUCUCGAUCAUUUGAUGGAGCAGGACCUCUACCUGCACUCUUUAGAGAUGCUAAGUCGCAUUCUCCUUGAUGAGAGUUGUCAUGGUAUACUGUUGGAUAUUGGUAUGCCUAUCCAGCAUCGCAAUCAGCGAUUCAAUUGCAGAGUCAUAUGCCUCAACUCCAAGAUCCUGAUGAUCAGGCCCAAAAUGUGGCUUGCCAAUGACGGCAAUUAUAGGGAAAUGAGAUUCUUCACGCCGUGGAUGCACCCCCGCGAAGUCGAAGACUAUCAUUUGCCUCGCAUGUUGCAGGAGAUCCAAGGAGCCACACACGUGCCCUUUGGCGAUGCCGUCAUUUCUACACCCGACACUUGCAUGGGUGCAGAAACGUGUGAGGAGCUGUUCACGCCCGCAGCACCGCACAUUGCCAUGAGUCUUGAUGGUGUAGAAAUAAUCACAAACUCCAGCGGCUCACACUUUGAGCUUCAGAAGCUCGAAACUCGUCUCCAACUCAUUAUGGAGGCUACUAGAAAGUGUGGAGGUGUUUACCUCUAUGCUAACCAACAGGGCUGUGACGGCGACCGCUUAUACUACGAUGGCUCAGCUAUGAUCAUUGUAAAUGGAAACAUUGUUGCCCAAGGCUCACAAUUCAGUCUCCGCGAUGUCGAGGUAUUGACAGCAACAGUUGAUUUGGAGGAAGUCCGUGCCUACCGGUCGGCUAUCUCUCGCGGUAUGCAAGCCGCUAGCUCUAACGCCAAAUACCAACGUAUCCAAACUUCUUUCGAACUCAGUUCAGAAGAGGACGAUUUCGAUAUUGAAAAGCGACCAACACCGCCAAUAAAACCCCGGUAUCAUACAGUAGAAGAAGAGGUCGCACUCUCGGCGGGCUGCUACCUUUGGGAUUAUCUAAGACGGUCAGGAGUAGCUGGAUAUCUAGUUCCGCUAAGUGGGGGCAUCGAUUCAUGUGCCACUGCGACUAUUGUUUACUCUAUGUGCCGUAUCGUCAUGGAUGCCAUUAAGGAAGGAAACUCCCAAGUGAUUGAAGAUGUCAAACGGAUCGCUAAGUACAAAGGGGAGAAUAUUCUUCCCGAGACUCCCCAGGAACUCUGCAAUCAAAUAUUCUCGACAAUAUACAUGGGAAUGAAGGCACAGAGCUCUCGAGAGACACGACAACGAGCAAAGGAUUUAUCAGAGGCUAUCGGCAGCUUCCAUGUCAACUUGGAUAUUGAUGAUAUCUAUAAUGCUCAGAAGGCUCUUCUCGUUGACACCUUGAACUUUGAACCAAAGUUCAAGGUACACGGUGGAACCCACCAGGAGAACAUCACUUUGCAGUGUCUACAAGCAAGAAUUCGUAUGGUUACAGCUUAUGAAUAUGGCCAAAUCUUGCCAACAGCUCGAAACAGACCCGGUGGUGGGAGCCUGCUCGUUCUUGGAAGCGCGAAUGUUGGAGAAUCUCUUCGCGGCUAUCUUACCAAGUACGAUUGCUCGAGUGCCGACAUUAAUCCAAUAGGGUCUAUAGACAAGGCCGAUUUAAAACGUUUCAUCGCUUGGGCCGAGAAGAACUUCGAUCUACCAUGUCUGCACGAUUUUCUAACUGCUGUGCCAACCGCAGAGCUUGAGCCUCUAACAGAUACCUACGUCCAGAGCGAUGAAGCAGACAUGGGAAUGACUUAUGACGAAUUGACAAUCUUCGGGCGUUUACGCAAGGAAAACAAGUUAGGGCCUUUCGGCAUGUUCCAGCGGCUAGUUCACGAUUGGAGUGUCGAUCGUGUCAAGGGUCCCGAUGACAAUGCCCCUGAGUACACUCCCGCUCAGGUGGCGGAGAAGGUCAAGCGAUUCUUCCACUUCUACGCCAUCAACCGCCACAAGAUGACAACUUUGACGCCCGCUCUGCACUGUAACCCCUACUCCCCCGACGACAACCGCUUUGACCUCCGACCGUUCCUGUACCCUUCAUUCUGGAAGUCAUGGUCCUUCAAGAAGAUCGAUCGGGAGUUGGAGAAGAUUGAGAAGCGGAUGGCAAAGAAGUAAAAAUAAAGAUUAACACUGGUAAAGCAAUAUUGGCUAUUUUCUGAGCUGGAAAGUCUUGUACAUACCCUCGAAGUUAGAUAUCAUAUACCUACAAUUCUAAUCAAUUCAAUCUCGGGCGUGGUCGUUGCAGGCC